AUGCUUCCACAAGGAGUCAUAGUGGCGGCAUCAGACUUGUCAUCGAUUGCGUCCCGCGUAUGGGGAAGCCUACAGUCGGCUGUUAAAGCGUCGAAGGCAGCUCGUAACGAUGCAAAACAAAAGGCUACCAUAGUACCAGGACAACCUGAAAAUUGGCAAAUCGAUGAUAAUGCCGAUCGCUCACUCAAAGCGCUAGCUGAGUUUGUUGUGCGGAUAUCCGAAAAAGGAGUAGAUGGCAUUGUCAAAGAGUACAAGCGCCUCGACGCCUUUUUCGAUACCACAGCCACCUAUGAAGCGUUCCGAUCAAAUAUGCUCAAGAAUAGAUACUCAGAUGUUGUUUGCACGGAAUCAACGCGAGUGAAGUUAAAAUUGGGUGAGAAGGAACAUGGAGACUAUAUCCACGCAAAUUACGUCAAGUCACCACUUCUCACCACAAAAUUCAUCUGUACUCAGGGUCCUCUACAGUCGACAGUUCAUGAUUUUUGGCGUAUGAUUUUUCAAGAACGGAUUGAAAACAUACUCAUGCUGUGCAAGCCGUGUGAAGAUGGACGACCAAAAUGUUCUGUAUACUGGCCGGAAACUGUUGGUAAAUGUGACGUUAUGCCAACGGUACAAGUGAAAAAUGUUGGCGAAGAUUCCGAUGAAUUCGCCACUACCACAUCUCUCACCUUAGAGUUAAAUCCCGAUUAUGCCGUAACCGAUGCUGAAUUGCCACCACAACAGCGGAAGCCAUUGCAGUUGCGGCUGUUUCGGUGGACUACCUGGCCAGAUCGAGGUGUUCCUGAUCAUCACUCCUGUACAAUUCCUCUUCAGCUUCUUGACAGAAUUCGAAGUGCUCCAUGCGUUAUCCAUUGUUCGGCCGGUAUUGGGCGAACUGGCAGUAUCGUAGCUCUCGAAAUCGCUCUUCAAAAAAUUAUCGCUGGCGGCAAAGUCGACUUUGAGCAGAUCGGCCGAGAGUUGCGGUGUUCGCGAGCUCAAUGCAUUCAAACAGAAGUUCAGUAUCUAUACAUCCAUCGUGUCAUGAUCGAAAAUGCUCUUUUACAUAUCAAUCUCGACGAAUCCGCUAGAACAGCAGGAAAUAGGUUCUUAAAAGAAUAUGACAACAAAAUGAAAAAAUAAAGUGAUAAAGCUUCAGUGUGC